UUUCCGGCGUCGAAGUGGGGCCUGGUGUUGAGGAGCGACUGCCGCAAGUAUGUGGGGUAGAUGGGAUCGGGAUCGUGGGGAUCGGGAUCGUUGGGAUCUGUGGGGUGGGGAUCGGGAUCGUUGGGAUCGUCUCCACGAUCCAGCUCCCACAGCACGCUGCUGCCCCGCAGCAGACACAUCACGGGGGCCUCCACGAAGGGUACAGCAUCAGCAGCAGCAAGAGUCCGCGGGGGGGCCCCCCCCCUGGGGGCCCCUGUGGGGGCCCCCCUGGGGCCCCCUGGGGGGCCCCCUGGGGGCCCCCGGGGGGCCCCCAGGAGGGACUUCGAGGCCCCCAAAAGGGCCCUGAGGGGCCCCCGGGGGCCCCUGGGGGUCCCCAAAGAAGCCUCGAGGGCCCUUGA